AGCUGCGCGCGGUCACGACCGAGGUGGACGGGAACUGGCCCCGUAUGAUGCCGGCGAUCGCCCGCGCCCAGGUGGGCGGUUUGUAGAACUCAAGCAACCGGAACGGGAGGUUAAAGUUUUGCUGAAAGCCCAGAUUGAUGCCGAGCCUGCGGGCGGGAUACUUUGCCUUCGGCGCAUACAGCCGCCCAUCGGUGGCAGUACAGAUGCUGACCUGUGUGUGUGUGUGUGUGUGUGUGUGUGUGUGUGUGUGGGUGUGUGCAAUCGAUCGAAAGGAGAUGAGAGAUCGUAACGAUCGAGUUAAACCUGCUUAAACAGUGGCACACUCACUUACCUGCAGUGUUGUUAGGAUGGGAAAGAGCAGCACCUUUCGCUCUUGCCGGGAAAGCGAUUGGGUGGAAUAAUUGGCCGGCAGCAGCUCGGUACGAUCGGAGGAAACGGUGGCCACUAGGACGAGACCGACGCUCAGCAGUGAUGGCAAGUGCAUUUUGGCUACCCGAAUGAUACCAGCUGGCAGGACCGUAACUCGACUGGACUAGUUUCGAGGAAAGUGUGCCGAAGACAUGGGCCCCAUUUACGAGCAAAAGUUCCUAUACUACAGUAGACGGAAAUCGUUUCGCUACGGUGUUCCGUUCCUGCUGCUGAUUGUCGGUGGUUCCUUCGGAUUGCAACAGUUCGCCCAGCUAAGGUACACAUUUUCCAAGAAAGGAUCGCUUACGAGACAGGAGGCGGAAAAGUAUGGAAUCAACAUGAAGAAGAAGGAGGACGUUACGCUGGAGGGCGAGUUCGAGAAGAUCAAGGAGCUGGACAUUGAACACUGGGACAACGUACGGGGGCCCCGACCAUGGGAGGAAACGAGCCCACCCUCCACCGGGACGGAAGCAAAGCAUUGAGUGCCGGCUCCGCCUGUCUAGUGCCCUGUUGUUGUAAAAAGUUAUGCCGUUUUCACUAGAAAAUACACUUUUAUUUUCUCGC